UUCAAUAAUGAGUGUUGAAGGAGGCAGAUCUUCUCGUUCGUGUUUUUGGGACUCCGGCGAAUGCCACUGGAAGCUUGACUAAAGUUGCGGCUGGAGGAAAGCUGAUGUGUGUUGCUGAGCCUGAUCUGUCACUAAUGAGUAGCCACAUGACUGACCAGUCCCACCUGAAGAACCAAGAAUGACUAUGGCCUUUGAGGAGAUAAAGAAGAAAGGAAUGAUGGAUAUUUCGGGGAUGGAAGGAGAAGUCGGUCUUGUUGCUGGUCGCAGCCAAAGAGAGAAGAGGCGCUCGUAUAAAGAUCUGUUGAGAGAGGAAGAAGAAAUCGCAGCGCAGGUGCUCAAAACCUCCAAGAAACACCACAAGGAUUCUGACCUUUUCCUAUUAGGAGGAGAUUCUCACAAGAAAAAAAAGAAGCACUUGAGUGAUGACUACUAUCACAGAGACCAUCACAGCUCUGGUCAGCCGCCCCACAAGAAGAAGCGCAAGUCUUCAGAUCACUCGCUCUCCCUCUCCUCCUCGUCCUCCUCUCACCCGUCCCACUCCACAGACACAGCCAUGGGCCUCCUGGAGGCCAUUACCUCCCCGCUGGCAACGGGCACCGACCCCACCCCGCACUUCUACAAAAAACCCUCCUACCCUCCCCACGCCUCCUCGCACUCCUCCAAAGACCGCAAACAGGACAGCGGCUCUAAAAGCAGCCAUUCCUUCUCGCACUCGCGUCCGCCCGGCUCGUCCUCGUCUAAAAAGCAUUCGUCCUCCUCAAAGUCACUGCUGUUCCACGGAGGAGCUGGAAAAGGAGAGCCGUUGACGCUCUGUGAUGCUGAAGGACUGAAGAUGAAGCUCAUCCUUUCUUCAAAAGAGAAGAACGAAGGUGUCGGGACGAACGAGGGAUUCUCCUUCCCGGUCCAUUCUUCUUCCUCUUCGGGUGUGGUAGGCCAUCAUUCGUCCUCCAGCUCGAAGAAAGGAGGGAUGAAGAAAGAGAAAGACAAAGACAAAAUGAUGCCGAAGCCACCCAAGAAAAAGCAGCACAGCCGAGAGCCGCUGCCUGUUGUGGGGAAAGAGGUGGAGGUCGUGGGUCAUUACGGAGGCAUGGGUGGAGACAGCUCAUCUUCAGGAGGAGAACUAGAGGCCGGCGAGCUGGUGAUUGAUGACUCGUACACACAUCUUUCAAAAAAGAAGAAAAAGAGCAAGAAGAGCAAAAAGAAAAAGGAUAGAGAGCGAGACAGAGAGAAAGGAUCCAGGGAGAAGAAACACAGCAAAGGAAGUGGAGGGAAGAAAAGCUGUCCAGCAGUUGAUCAGUCUAGAAGCCACUCCCAUACACACAGCUCAUCCAAUCACAGCUCUGCCGGUGGUGUGUACGCUAUGGCUCCACCCACCUCAUCCCAUCACCAUCAAAGCAUUGAACUAAUGGGUGAGAAGAAGAAGAAGAAGGACGAAAAGGAGAAAGAGAAGCAUGACAAGGACAAGCCGAAGAAGAAGAACAUGACGGCCUAUCAGGUGUUCUGUAAAGAGUACAGGGUCAAUAUCAACGCAGAGCAGCCUGGAUUAGUCUUCGGGGAGCUGAGUAAGAAACUCGCAGAGGUGUGGAAACAGCUGCCUGAAAAAGACAAACUGGUGUGGAGACAGAAAGCUCAAUAUCUCCAGCACAAGCAGAAUAAAGCUGAAGCUAUGACGGUCAAGCGGAAAACCUUAACAACCUCAGACAGUAAAAGUAAAGGCUCCAGUAAAGGUGUCAGUUUAGGAGCAGGAUUGGCCCCUCAGGGCCGCUCGUCUCUGGGUAUGUCGUUGUCUCCGGUGCGGGUGCCUGAUGUGGACCCCAUAGAUGCAGCAGCUCACCUUCAGCUUUUGGGCGAGUCGCUGUCUCUGAUUGGACACCGACUUCAGGAAACGGAGGGGAUGGUGGCGGUGUCUGGCAGUCUUUCGGUUCUGUUAGACUCUAUUUUAUGUGCUCUUGGUCCAUUAACCUGCCUGACAGCACAAGUUCCUCAGCUCAACGGCUGUCCACGCAACGUCCUGUCAAACACUUUGGACAACAUUGCUUACAUAAUGCCUGGACUAUGAAUCUCUUAAAAAGCACUUAAAGAGACUGGGUUACAUUUGGACAUAUUCCUAGAAGCAACAAACGGAGGACCAGAGUUGUUUUUUUUUUUACUUUUUCUGAUCAAUGGACAUUCUUAAUCUCAAACAUUUUAAAUACAAUUUUUAGAAAAAUGUCAGUCAUUUUUUUACUGUUGUUAGAAAAAAAAAAAUCCUUUUUUAGAGGGCACUUUUGAAGUUUCCCUUUUGUGUUUGUGUUGGCGUCUCAAAAUGUCAAGGUCUGUUUAAAGAUGUGUUUGUGAGUAUAUGUGAUCAAAUUCACAUGCUUUUUAUGUUUUAUACAAAUAUGUGCAGUUUAGUUUUAUGGCCCAAUGUUGUUGUUUUUCUAAUUUAACAUUGACUUAAUUUAUAUCAACUGCAGUUUAACUGUGCUAUCAUCAUUUCAUGUCUUACAUAUUGUAUUUUUGUAUUGUGAAUGUUGUAAUAAUAUACUGGGGUUGGACAAUGAAAGUGAAUUAUUAUUGUGGUGUAGGGCCUCCUUUUGCAGCUAAUACAGCAUCAGUUAAUCUUAGGAAUGACAGACGCUAGUCCUUCACAGUGGCCAGAGGGAUUUUGAGGCAUUCCUCUUCCAGACAGUGGCCAGGUCUCAAUGUGAUGUUGCUGGAUGAAAACGUUUUCUGACUUUCUCCUCCAAAAUUCCCCAAAGUGACUUUAAAUAUUUAGAUCUGAAGACUGUGCAGGCCAUUGGAGAUUUUCAACUUCACUUUUAUGUUCGUCAAACCAUUCUGUCACCAGUCUUGCUGUGUUUGUAGGUGCAUUAUUAUGCUGAUACACGGCACCCCCUUCGUCCUCCAGAAUGUUUCGUCAGUCCUUGUCAGUGAUGCGUCCAUCAGGCACAGUAGGUUGCAAUAUUUUAUGUACAGCUGUGCUAUUGCUCUGCUAAUUAAGUGAAGAUUGGUCAUCAGGCCUCGCGUAUACAGACAGACAUGCAACCUCCAACACUAUAUUGGCCAGUGUUUCAGUUUCAUUGUCCAACACCUGUAGUUUUCAAGGUUUGGCACGUUUACAGGACAAGCAUGCAUAAAAUCAUUUUAAAGGUGGACUAAGUCUUUUUUUUCUUUUAGAAUUGUUUUAUACCUUAAGAAACCAUAGCUCAUUUCACUAUUUUUUUUUAUAAUAAUGUACACUUAUAUGACAUGAAGACCCCAGUCAUAUCAGUGGGCCCCACAGCAUGGUAGCCUUCAUUUUGAAAUCGCAUGAUCAGAUGAAAACUUAUCACAUCUUGCUAACCUGCCAAUUAUAGCUCACUUUCGGUUGCUGAACAACUUAAUCAAAUAAGCCUGUGAAUAUUUUACAGUAGCAUCAACUGAAGUGUUGCUUGAUGGGUAUCAGUUGCCAUAAAAUAAUUACUUGAUGCAUCAACGGUUUAGUUCACCUUUAAAGUGAUUGUUGAUAGUUUUAGAAGAUGGAAAAAUAAGUAAAAUAUAUUUGCAUUGAUAUAUGUGCAUUUUGCAUUGACUUAUUUCCAUUAAAUCUAAAACUAAUCUAAAAAAGUGGGUUUGCUGUUAUAAAAUAUUUUUAUAAAUGACUUUUCCUGAUGUGUGUCAUACGUUGGCCUCCAAAAAAUAUUUGGAUGUACUGUGCCAGUCGAAAGUUUGGAAACAUUAAAGUUUUUUUUUUUCUCUUAA